GUUUCCACCCCAGCUUCACUUUACUUUUGGUGACUUGAGAUUUUAAGAUGCCUGAGCCAGCCAAAUCCGCGCCCGCCCCGAAGAAGGGCUCCAAGAAGGCGGUGACCAAGGCGCAGAAGAAGGACGGCAAGAAGCGCAAGCGCAGCCGCAAGGAGAGCUACUCGGUUUACGUGUACAAGGUGCUGAAGCAGGUGCACCCCGACACCGGCAUCUCGUCCAAGGCCAUGGGCAUCAUGAACUCGUUCGUCAACGACAUCUUCGAGCGCAUCGCGGGCGAGGCGUCGCGCCUGGCGCAUUACAACAAGCGCUCGACCAUCACGUCCCGGGAGAUCCAGACGGCCGUGCGCCUGCUGCUGCCCGGGGAGCUGGCCAAGCACGCCGUGUCCGAGGGCACCAAGGCCGUCACCAAGUACACCAGCUCCAAGUAGACCAGCAAGUAAGCGGCUUGACACCUAACCCCAAAGGCUCUUUUCAGAGCCACCCACAUGUUUACAAAGAGCUGUA